AUGAAGUAUGAAGGCCAGCCGGAGUCUGAGGCAGCUCGCAGUAGAGCCAGUCUGCAUGGCAAAGCGUCUCUGCAGAUUGACCAGGUGCGCUCAGAAGACCAGGGCUGGAGUUGUGAGCCCAAGAUUUCCCAAAAACACAUAGUGAGAGCCGAGUCCAGAAACCUGCAACAGAUUGUAGUGUGGAUGAAAAAGCUCAUGCGCCCCACGUUCACGGACACGCCACCGCAGCAUGUGGAGGCGAGGAGGUGGCAGCAUUACUCUGACCUGCACUGCCUCGGAAACCCCAAGCCAGUGGUCACCUGGCUGAGAGAAGGGGAUCAGUUGACCAGCAACAAGAAAUACACGGUGAGUGACGGCAGUCUGACGGUGCAGGCCAUCACGCGGGAGGACCGGGGGCCUACAGCUGCCCGAGCCCACAGUGCAGGAGAGGCGCUACACACCACUCGCCUUCUGGUGCAAGGUCCUCCAUACAUCGUGUCACCACCCGAGAACAUCACUGUUAACAUAUCCCAGAAUGCCCAAUUUACGUGCCAAGCAGAGGCGUAUCCUGGCAACCUGACCUAUACCUGGUACUGGGAAGAGGACAACGUAUAUUUCAAGAAUGAUCUGAAGCUCCGCGUUCGCAUCUUUAUUGACGGAACCCUCAUUAUCUACAGAGUCAAGCCAGAGGAUGCUGGGAAAUACACCUGCAGCCCAAGUAACAGCCUGGGCAUCUCCCCCUCUGCUUCAGCUUACCUGACCGUGCAAUACCCUGCCCGUGUUGUGAACAUGCCACCUGUCAUCUACGUCCCAAGAAAGUUGCCAGGAAUUAUUCGCUGCCCAGUGGAUGCCAACCCCCCAGUUACGUCAGUCAGAUGGGAGAAAGACGGCUACCCCCUCAGAAUUGAGAAGUAUCCUGGGUGGAGCCAGAUGGCAGACGGAAGCAUUCGAGUAGCAGAGGUCACUGAAGACUCCCUUGGCACCUACACCUGUGUGCCUUACAAUGUCCUAGGUACCAUGGGACAAUCCCCUCCGGCCACUCUGGUGCUAAAGGACCCCCCUUACUUCAACGUGAGGCCCGGGGGGGAGUACCGUCAGGAGGCGGGGAGAGAGCUGGUCAUCCCCUGCGCUGCUUCUGGAGACCCUGAGAUUCCAACCAUUGUAUGGAGAAAGGUUGGGAAGCCCAGCAGAAGCAAACAUAACAUCUUACCAAGUGGUAGCUUGCAAUUUGUGUCUCUGAGCAAAGAGGAUCAUGGGGAGUGGGAAUGUGUUGCCACCAACGUAGUAACAAGCAUCACUGCCAGCACACGCCUUUUUGUAAUAGGCACUAGUCCACACGCGCCAACUAAUGUCCACGUGUCAGCAUCCACAAGCUCCGCUAAUGUUUCCUGGGAACCUGGAUAUGACGGAGGCUUUGAACAGACGUUCUCGGUCUGGUACGGCCGAAAGGUGAAGAAUGAUUUAGGGCCACAUGACUGGCUAUCCAUACCUGUGCCCGGCUCUCAGACGUGGUUGGUGGUCCAGGUGGAGCCAAAGACUGCCUAUCAAUUUAGUGUGCUGGCCCAGAACAAGCUGGGCAGGCCCUUCAGUGAGGUAGUCACUGUGACUACAGGAGGGUAUCCCAUAAACCCUGAACCACUGGUGCUUCUAACUCCACCACGGUGCCUCACAGCCAACCGGACACAGCAGGGUGUAUUGUUGACGUGGCUUCCUCCGGCCAAUCACUCUUCACCAAUUGACCGUUACAUCAUCGAGUUCCGCCUGGGAGAAAGGUGGGAGGUUCUAGAUGACUUGAUUCCUGCCACUGAAACUGAGAUCAUAGCAAGAGAUCUUAUUCAGGACUCUUGGUAUGAAUUCAGAGCGCUAGCUGUAAUGGAUGAUCUUGUCAGUGAGAGCAGUAAUGUGGUGGGAGUGUCAAGUACAGACCCCUUCCCUCCCACAGAAAUCUCAGACGAGGGGCUGGCCAAGCCAGUGGUGGCCGGCAUCGUGGCCACCAUCUGUUUCUUGGCGGCUGCUAUCCUAUUCAGCACGCUCGCUGCAUGUUUUGUCAACAAGCAGCAUCGUCGCAAGCUUAAACGCAAACGAGACCCUCCACUAUCGAUUACACACACAAGGAAAAGCAUCGAAUCUCCGCCUCCUCUUACCCCCUUGCCUGGCAUUGAGCCCUACUGGGAAGAGCCAGACAGGAGCAGCUACAGGCCCCCAUCCACCAGCCCUCAGCUGUCCUCUGGGAAGAUCAGUCCUGAGAGCAUUGCUUCCUCCAGGCCCCCAUCUCUGGCCAGCGUGGGUGGCCAUGGUCUUUACGUUAAGAAGUUGCCGAGCCCUAGGAAAGAGAAAGAGCUUUCCCUCUAUAAGAAAACCAAGAGAGCAAUAACCAGUAAGAAGUACAGCGUGUCCAAGCACGAGGCUGAGGUCACCACGCCCAUCGAGCUGAUCAGCCGUGGACCUGAUGGCCGAUUCGUCAUGGACCCCAGUGACAUCGACUCGUCCCUCAAGCCACGACGCAUUGAGGGUUUUCCUUUUGUGGAGGAAUCAGACUUGUAUCCUGAGUUCCGCCAAUCAGAUGAGGAGAACGAUGACCCAGGGCCCCUACCCCCAGUCAUGGCCACCCUCAGGCCCCAGAUAUCCCCUGUGUCCUCCAGCCAGGAGUCCUACAUGCAGCCCCCAGCCUACAGCCCCCGGUUCCAGAGGCCUAUGGAAGGUAUGAGCAUCUCGGAGGGUAGUCGGCUUCAGGCCACAGGGCAGAGCCGGGUCUCCCAUUUUCACAGGGUCUUCCCUCCAGGCCCCUUCUAUGGCUAUCUAGGUAGCGGUGCUGAGGUGGAGCUUCACCCUCCUUUUUACAUGCCUGAUGUUAGUCCACGUAGCUCUGCCAUGUCCUCCUCACCUUCAUACCCCCCUGAGGGGCCGUUCCGCCAUCCCACCAUCCCAGAGGAGAGGGAGGAGCUGAGGAUCCAUCAGUAUGGUGCCUCCGGCCACGCCCUCCCACUGGUGCAUAGCCCUCCCUCCUCUCGCUCAACCGAGAUCUGGCAGCCUCCUGACUUCCCCUUUCUAGGUCAGGAGGGUCCCCGUCUCGCUCUUCCACCACGUCAUUCCUCAUAUCUCCACCGGGAACUCCCCGAUCCCCCGCCAUACCCCUCCCAUAGUCGUACUCUUAGCACCACCUCUCAGCUCCCUUCAAGCUCUGCUUUCCUCCAGCUGGAGGCCCCUAGAGCCCACCUGAGCAGAUCUCCCGGCAGGUUUCCGCCUCAGGGCCCUUCAGCCAAGCAUAUAACUAUGCAACAGGCCCAGACUCUGGGGCAGUUGAGACACACUGCCCACGGUAUGGGCGUACCAGUGUUGCCUUACUCAGGCGCCACGGCCCGCAUGGGGAGCCCAAGCACACUGCACAGUGAGAGCUCGGACGGCUGGAGGUCUGAGGCCCAGCCUUGGCUGAGCCCCAGGGCGGCACGAAGGAUGGAUCUCGGCCUACAGCAGGUGGUCCUGCAGCCGUCACGACUCUCCCCUCUCACCCAGACCCCUCCCAGCUCACACGCCGGCUCUCCAGACAUUCUCGUCCGCCCUCCUCCCCGCCCUAGCAUCCUGCGGUCUUCCCGCUCUCAAGAGAUGCCCGAGAGCGCCCGCCACCCCGCCAGUGUCUCCUUCUCCCGAAGGUCUCUCUCCUCGUCCCCUGCCACUUCACCUACCCAAGGCCAGAGCGGCCAGCGGCCCAGCCUCAGCUACCGUGCCCACAUGGCCUUUGCCACAGCCGCGGCCAGUUACCCCUCCCAGUCCCCUUCACCCCCUGCGGAGAGCAGUGAUGCUUUCGGCCAGAUGCCAUCUCAGAGAAGGACAGAUGAGGAGAUGCUCCCCUCAGAACCCUCUCCAGGGGAGCAUCUAGGUGCAGUGAGAGUCCCUGCAGGGUCUGAGAGCUUUGAAGCACUGAUUUAUUAUUGUAUUAAUAAAGCCAAGAAAUCAACAGCCAACAAGAACAACAACUCCAGAUUCAAGAAAAGGACAGAUGUGUCCAACUCUCAGACCCAGCAGCCGCAUGCAUCUCAGGCCUCUGAGCAAAGAGAACAUCUCAGCUCUCCCUCAAAGAAAAAGUGGAAAAGUACACUUAGAAAGUCCCCCUGUCUUCAUCUGUCCUCUCUGCUGCGCUGGCUUCACCCCAGAGAAGACAGAAAAUCCCUCCUGGCCAGUAUGGACCCUGCCCACUCAAACUAUGGUUCUCUGCUUUGAGAGCCAACCCUGUCUCCCCCCAAACUCACUAAAACUUAUCCUGUGGGGCGGAUCGUCUCCUUGUCCAUUAGCAAAAAUGUACAAUGGACAAGCUCUCAGUACUGUUUUGUAAUCAGUCUAAACUAGAUACGAUUUAUUAUGUUCUUCGGUUGGCACAAUAUACUACACAUAUCUGUAUUUUCUGUAAAUUUACACAAAGGAAAAACGUACAGGGGUGCUCUUUUGGAAGAAACAGAAAAGGACAGGACAAAAGCUUUUCGUUUGAUAAUAAAAAAAAAGAAAGUAAUAGCAUUCCAUUACAUGCUAGGAAAAAUCUUGCUGGCCACUUCGGUUUUUGUCAUAACGUUGUCGGAACUGUGUAUAUUGUGAAGGAAAGAGUUAAAUGCUCUGUACAAAUAUGUCUUUCAAGACCUGAUAGCUACUACAGGGUUUCUUUUCUUCCUUCUACAAAAUAUACCUCAAAAAAGAAAAUAGAAAAAAAAGAAAACGAAUAAAUGAUCUGGAACAUAUUUCAGCACUUCUACCAUAUUUUGUGCAAGCUAGCAUUUCAUUUUGGAUGACGUGUGCUGUCUGUUUGUGGCAAAGCUUUGACAGCAUUACAGAACAUGAGGGAUUAAUGUAAGCCCAGAAAUUACAAUGUAUUUAUUUAUAAAAUACUGAACGUGAAAUAUAAAGCACAGAAUAUCAUAGAAAUUGUAAGCUUGAAAUGAAUGACUGCAGUACUAGAUUGGUCCUGCGACAAAGUUUGAACAAUUAAUUCCAUGCAAAGGCAAGUAGAAUUGAAAACAUGCUUUCUUAUUUUUUUAAAUAAUUGACAUUAUAUUUGACUACCACCAUUGGACAGCUUUAAGGCAUUUUUUUAAUCUGUGGUUGGAGGAAGAGUAAUAUUAGCCCCCUGCUGAAAAAAAAAAAAAGAUUUAGUUUCACAUUAAAUUUUAGAAUUUCCUCUUUUUGACAUGUUCAGAUGGCAUAAGCGCAAAUGUAAUAUUUAAACUGAAGUAGAAUUACCUGGUCCUUGUCUUGCACAAAUGUAGUUAGAAGUGGUGAAAUGCAUUAUUAAUCUUUUCGUCACUUCCUUGAAGUAAAUAAUUUGUUAUACGUUUGCUUUGGACAUACAAUACACCAAGGAAGUACAGUAGAUAUCGUGCAGACUAAUGAAGUCAUCAAUAUAACAUAGAAAAGUGAAAUAGUCCUUAAUCUAAUCAGUUGGGAAAAAAAAAAAAAAAAAAAAAAGAUUACUUCUUGGUUACUUUCUACCUGCAAAAGUGGACCUCCAAAAUAGCUUGACUCUUUAAAAAAAAAUAAUAACUGUAUUGUAAUCUUUACUAUUUGCCAUCCAUCACAGCUCAUCUGAUGACAUAGCAAAGUUUGUGUUAUUUGAAUUAAUGAUGACUUUAGUAGCCUAUUUCCGAAAGAUGUUAACUGUCUCUAGAGUUCACUAACAGCUGCUGAUCUGCUACCUAAAGUGAAAGCUACUCGGGCGUGUGCUAGUUUAGUUUAACCGAUGGUGAAUGUAUGAUUUGCUCUUAGAAUUCAGAUUUAUCUGAAUAUUUUUAGUGUGAUGUUUCUCUCUUUUAGCUUAUUUAUACGUACGCCGAUGCGAUCAACUCCAAAAUGAAUCUUGAAGGUACAACUUAAUAGGAAAUUGAAUGAAAUCUCAUGCAGUACUUGAAUAAGGCAGAAUAUACAAGCAGGAAACCCUGGGGUGCGUAGGGAUUCGUACUGUAGUAGCCAUUUUGAGUUUCGAGGAUUUGAUUUAAGUGCCCAAAGGGCUGUUUACUUUGUCUUUCCUUUCUCUCUUUUUGUAUACAACUGUUUUACUCGAAGUGAAAACGAAUGCUCAAACGUCUCGCAGUGUAUUUGAGCUAUUCAGUAUUAGAUCAGCAGACUCCAUUGCUUAUUUCUAUGUACAUCUUUUUCCACCCCAUGUGGUGCGAUUCGUAAGGCUGCUUUAAUCGUGUAGUCUCUGAGAGGAGAAGGGCAGUGUUUAUUUUUAGAUAUUCCUGAUUACCUGCCUUUAGCUGUCGGGAGAGAAGUGUUCGACUUAGACUUAACUCUGUUUUUGCUACGUGUUUUGUCAAGUUCUGUCAAGAACUCAUUGCUAACAAGUCCUACAACAACCACAUAAUGUUUACAUGAUCUAGAAAUAUAACGUGCAAGGAUGUAGGCACACUGUACACAUUAUGACUUGGUGCUAUGUCUUUUUGAACUCGUGGUGCUGUGGUUCAGAGGUUAACACACAAACUCACGCACAGUCCUCUGUCUUAAACUAGCCUAACUAAACUAGCUCUGUUGUGAUUUCCGUUGUCGAGUUCUCCUGGUGAGUAGGACCGCAAGCAAUAAAACCUCUCUCACAGGGCAGGUCCUGUGCGCUCACUAUAUCUCUCUUUCGGUAUGAAAACGGUUAAAUACAGUUCGGCUUUGCCUAUUCAGUAUGUGCUUACGUUAUCGCGUGAACGUUCGCCGAUAAAAGCCCGCGCAUUUAGGCAGAUCGCCAGGCUUGAAGGAGGCACUAUUUCAAUGUAUAAUCCAUAAAAUGUACCCACGUUAUGAUAGUCAAUUUUUUUCAUUUAGCAUGGGAAGGACGUGGUAACUCGAGCAGGUGGCGUUCUGACGCGUCAAGCGGCGGCGUUUCUGUUUUAUAGCGUUUUUCUUGGACACAACGGAGCGAUGCGUCCUCGCGUAAAGCUGUCACACCGAUUUAAGACGCAGGUGCGGUGUCUCUGUAUGUCUGUGGAAGGUGAUCGACGGCAUUUUCUUCAGCUCCUCUGGUCUUUGAAGAGAGAACCCGGUUGAAACGACUCUCUUGAAUAUAUAUGAUACUGUACAGGUAGAUGCGCGCCCCAUUUUCGCUUCUGUAAGAGGGCUCGUUUGCAGGAAGCGUCAUAUCAAUUCUUUGAUUGCCUGUAUUCAGUUUUGUGCUUACUACUUUUGGUGCUUCGUGAAACUUUGUUUUCCUUUUUUUUCUGAACAGAACUAACCUUGCAUAAUCAAGCUAUUCCACUCGUUCGGACCUGUCUCGUUUCAUCUUUUUGUUCUCGAUUCUUUUGCUGUUCAUAUUAACCAGCACUGAAAACUUAGAAUGUAAUACUGCAUUAUGCACUAAUUUACGACUGUUUUAACAUUAAACCUCAUUCUUAGAGCUUAUUGGAAGCAUAUUUCAAAUCGCAUUGUGCUUUCUGACUGCUUUUGAAUUUGUGUUGUACAUUGUUUACAGAUUUUAUUAUUAUCUAAAGAUGUGUUCUGGGCAAACAUGUUUUUCAUCUUUAUCACCCUACAUGCAAAUGUAUAAGAGACUGUUCUUACGUGAAGAAAAAGACCAUAAUGGAAUAUGAGUUUUGUUUUUCCUUUCAGGUUUUUUGUUUUUUGAUUGAAUGACUAGACCGAAGGCUUCUUUUGUUAAUUAAUCUCAUUUAUUUCAGGUAUUAUUCUCAAACAGUAUGGUGCUGUACCAAAGCCUUAUGUACAAUAUUAUUAUAUGAUGCGUUGUUUGAUUCUUCUGCCACUGCUAAGGAAUUCUCUAAAUUGCUAGACGCCUCUGAUUAUGAAUUAAGGUGCAGUGUGCCUCUUUCUUUUGGUCCUUGAUUAGUACUUUGCAGUGCUUUUCUUGGGCAUUCGGUGUCUCCACAUACUGUACUCAGAUGUUAAGAUACGGUGCCUGGUGUGUCUUCAUGCUGCUAGGAGUAAAUGUUAAAGAUGUUUUGUAUCUGUACUACCAACUUCUGAAAUACGACAUUGACCUCCACAAUAACUCAGCUGGACACUCUUGAUAUCAAAAGGGAGCAACCCUUCAGUAAGCAAUGGCAUUUUUAGGGAAUAAAGGAAAUCCCAUUGUUAUUUCACAUUUAUUAAAUUGCUUUCAUCAUUUUUUUAAACAUUUAUUUAAAAGUUUUGCUCUAGAAUAAGACCCCAGUCAAAAAGAAUAUGCUAUCCUGACAAGUGAAUUGUCCUUGAGAAUUACAUCAAUACCAGACCUGGGAAUGAAACACACGGAAGUGUUAAGUGUGUGUGUGCGUGCGUGUGCGUGUGUGUGUGUGCGUGCGCGCGCGCGCUGUCUUUAACAGCCCAGUUAAAGUUCUGUAUAGUGGAGCCGUUCAAUUUGCAUUGUUUACAUCACCAGAUGCCCAGAUAUGCACAUUUUGGCAAGCUCUAUUAGGUUGACAUUUUCCAACGCUUUGGUCCAUGUAAUAACCCCGUAAAACUUUUUGUAUUUUGAUAUAAUAAAAAAAUAUAAGAAUGUG